GGUAUAACUUCCGGUACUUCUUUAUUUGAUCCAGAGGGGUUUCCGAGGAAUGAUAUUGAUGUGUACAGUAUCAGACAUGCCAGAGCAUCUUUGAUUCGAUUAAGGACGGAUUUGAAUCAAAUAAAUAAUCUACUCGCACCUGCACUUGAUGCCGCUUUCUCAUCUCCUACAAACCUUCCAAAUCAAGAUCAACCUCAGACUUUUGUUAAUGGAUCAUCUGGGAAUACCCACUCGCAUGAUUCUCCUGAGAAAGGUUUAGCAAGGGUUGAUAGUGUCGCUUCUGAAAGUCCUGCUCAAAAUGCUGAUCUGAGAACUGGAGAUAUAAUAUUUUCCUUUGGAGGUAUCACUUCUACAACGGGAAGUUUGAACUCUAUCGGAGCACUUGUUGCCGGAUCACAAGGUACUCCCUUGAUCGUACUGGUUCAAAGAGGAGAAGAAAAAGUACAAUUGAGCCUCACUCCUCGGUCCGGUUGGGGUGGAAGGGGUCUUUUAGGAUGUCACAUACUUCCUCUUUAA